CCACACUAUUUUCAAACGUAAACAAUUGAUUUUUCCUAAAAAACAAAGCUUGUUUUGUCAAAAAUGUCUGGAGUUGCUGCUAAGAAGAUAGCCGAAGCAGAGGAUCUGGUGAAGCAAGCCGAGAAAAGCUUGAAAUUGUCUAUGCUAAAAUGGGUACCUGAUUACGAUAGUGCUGCGGAUGAGUAUUCCAAAGCUGCCACUGCAUAUCGAAUAGCUAAAAGUUAUGACAAGAGCAAGGAUUGUUUCUUGAAAGCCAUUGAGUGUUACAAAAACAACAAGUCCUGGUUCCACGCUGCAAAAUCAUACGAACAGAUUAUUUUGCUGUGUAAGGAUUCUGAUAAACUAUACGAAGUAGAGGAAUAUGCCAACAAGUCGGCAAGUUUGUAUCAACAGCAUGGUUCUCCGGAAGCAGCCGCUUCCGCAUUGGAUAAAGCCGCAAAAUUAACCGAAUCCAAACAUCCUGACAUGGCCUUGAGGUUUUACCAACAUGCUUUGGAAGUCAUAAUGAUUGAGGAUUCCGUCCGUCAAGCAGCAGAAUAUGCAUCGAAAGUUUCAAGAAUACUGGUCAAACUAGCAAGGUACGAAGAAGCUACUAACGCGCUUAAAAAAGAGAUAAGUUUAAAUCAGCAAACAGAAUCUUAUGGACAAAUUGGACGUUUAGUCGUGGCCUUGGUAAUGGUACAAUUGGCACGCGGAGAUUCUGUUGAAGCCGAAAAGACAUUCAGAGAAUGGGGAAACUGUUGCGAGCCAGAGGAAGUGUCCACUCUGCAAACGUUACUGCAGGCCUUUGAUGACGAGGAUCCAGAACUAGCUGCUAGGAUGUUGGCAUCCCCAUUUAUCCGCCAUAUGGAUGUAGAGUAUGCAAUUUUAUCUAAAAACAUUCCAUUACCUCAAGGUAUACAGUUGGAGAAGAAACCCGAAGUUAAUGCUGGAGUUGAAACUAUUGACGCCGAGGACGAGGGAGGUUUAUGCUAAAUUCAUUAAAGUUUUACUAUCUGCUUCUUAGUCAAAAUAUAUUUAUCGUUAAAAACGCUUUUAAUAUACAAAUUGUUAAAUACAAAUUUCAUCGCAAUUGUUGUACUAAUUACCUUAAGAAUUAAAUAAAAGAAGAUAUGCUAAUAUA